AACUUUUUCCCGUCAUCAUCCUCACAAAAACUACAACAACAAAAUCUCUCAAAGCUCGUGGAAGCUUCAGGACCUCGGUCGGGCUUUACACUUGAGCAAUUGACAUUGUUCCACUCGUCGAGGUUGAGCAGUGUGUUGCUGUGGAUGGCCACGAGGUUAAAUACCCAGCCAGCAUCGUGCCUGGGUCACGUCCUAGAUAGACCAAGAUGACCCCGACGAGAAAUGGCUGAGAUUCAAUCAUCAAACACAGUCUCCGUUGGUACCUUGCCUGCCACGGAUUCCGCCGAAAAACGGCAAUCCCAGCAGCGAGGGCCUCCACUGCAUCAGAUCUACGCCCUCCCGGCACCGAUCCGCACAUUCCCUUUACCGGCCUUUUAUCCGAACAACCCCAUAUCCUUCUUCCAUGUCGCGUAUGCGUGGUUAGGCCAACUGUGGUCUCCGCCCAAAGCGGAACCCUCGGUUGUGCAUAAUGGUGUUUGGUCGGCUGCUACAUCAUCCGUCCACAUCACGGAUGAUGUUUCUACCCGAGCUUUGUGGGAGCAAGGCUUCUACGGAAAGGGUAGUCUUAGUCGUAGUGAACCAGCUUGGUUAAAGCGUGAACAAGUUCGUCAAGGACUGGCUGAUGCACAUGUCAGCGAGAUUAUGACUGUGCAGAGAAGAGAAGAGCGUAUGCGUGCCAAGUGGGAACGAGCACGUCUCGAGCAAGAGGCGAUCCGAGAGACCCGCCGCAAGGAAGCGGAAGAAGCAAAAGCCAGAGAGACCAAGGCACGAGAAGCCAAAGCCUUUGAAGCCAAGGAACGAGAGCUACGUACCAGAGAGUCGAAAGACAUCGCAGAGCCCAGAUCCAUCAAACCUAUUUCGCUGUCGGCUGCCCUUCCAACUUGCGAGUCACCUGUCAGCCCUGCUACACUUUUGGCUCUGCCAAAUUCACUAGUGGACAUUGUGAAGCCAACGCCUAUCAAGCCUGUCAGUCUGCCUGUGUCCACUCCCACACAUGCUUCGCCAGUGUGCCCUGCAACUAUCCUAGGCCUGCCGAACUCUGCCGCAGAAAUUGUCGAAGAGUCUGCCAUCGAGACAGCUGAAGAGAUUGAUGGUCUUGGAAUAUCCGGAGUCCAUCCAACGGCGAUGGGCCUGUCUGUGGAUACCUUCCUCAAUGGUCAUGUCAUGGAACCAGUUGCGAACGGAAUUCUUCACCAUGAAGUGAAUGGCACUUCCGUGGUUGCGUCUUCGUCAGAUGAGGAAGACAGCACUAAACCUAAGAAGCGACGUAAGAGUGUACGAUUCUCGCCAACAGUGGAAUCCACUACCUUUCACUUCGGAGAUCCCCCUAGCCCCAAGCGUUUGACGUCGAAUGGCACGGCUAAUGGGCUUGUCAAUAUUCGCGUCGCAUCACCCGUUGCUUUGAACGGACACAAUGAGAACUCUUUGGAGCGUACUAGCAGGCCAGUGCUGAAGAAUAUGGAGCAUCUCCAGCUCACACCGGAGGAGGCUUUCUUUCUGAACUUCGGUUUGGGUGUUCUGACGGUUACCGAUCCUGCCUCGGGCGCUCAGCUCUCGUCUUUGGACCUGUUGAGACUCUUCAGACAACAUUCAUACUUCCCACCUCGCGUUGAACCUGCGGAUCCCACGCUUCAACCCGAUGAUAACUUCCUCAUUCACUAUGCAGUGUAUCAUUACUUCAGAUCGCUUGGUUGGGUACCUCGCGCAGGCAUCAAGUUUGGCGUGGACUGGCUACUAUAUGCUAGGGGUCCGGUCUUUGAUCAUGCCGAGUUCGGUCUCAUCGUUGUCCCAUCUUAUUCUGAUGCGCUUUGGAAAGAGGCUGGAAAACAGGACCCUCAGAAGACAUGGCAAUGGCUCCAUGGCACGGUGCGUGUUCUGUCACACGUCACCAAGAGUCUUGUUCUAGUGUACGUUGAUGUACCACCACCUUCGAAAUUUGAGAAGGCUUUGGAGCAGGGAAUCGCUGAAGCAUUGAAGCUAUACAAAGUCAGAGAAGUGAUGGUGAAGCGAUGGUCUGCCAACCGUAACAGAGGCUGAUCGCUGGACGCUUCACAACGAACUGAUGAUAUAACGGAAGUGCAAUGGUAUACUGCUGCAUUAUUGCUCUUUGGCGUGGGAACAGGCUAUCAGGCGUUUGCGAUCUACUGUACACAAUAUGUAUUAUGCUAUCAAAUCAAUAUCAAUGCCCUCUUCGAGGCGUCAUGAACAUACAAUAUCUGAGACUUCAUUAUCUGCUCGUAUCACGUAAUAUGUGAAGAUGCCAGCCUCGUCGGUG